AUGCUGGUUUAUUCUUACAGCCUAGUGCCAGAUAAUGCGACGAGAAUCGAGCUAGCAUACAAUGGGUCAAGAGAAGAUUUGGAUCCCUAUGUGCCAGCAGACCACAGACCAGUCGGCUCAAAUACAUCGACUUUCGGGGCUCUGGCUCAUCUUCUUAAGGCGUCACUUGGCUCCGGUGUGUUGGCGAUGCCACAUGCCUUCAAGAAUGCCGGUCUGGUAGUCGGUAGCGUGGGCACCCUGUUUAUUGGAUUAAUUUGCUGUCAUGUCAUCCAUGUAUUGGUAAAAACAUCCCAACAGUUAUGCGUGGAGUUAAAAAGGCCGGCGUUGGGAUACGCUGACACUUGUGACUUGGUAUUUCAACACGGACCGAAGCCCAUUCGAAAAUUUGCACCUUUUGUUAGAGAGCUGGCAGAUUGGGCUUUGGCCCUUACACACGCGGGUGCGUGCUGUGUAUACACCGUAGUUAUAGCAGAAUCUUUUAGACAAGUUUCAAUAGCAUAUGAUGGUCCUGCAUGGUCUGUUACCAUAUACUGCGCCUUAACACUUAUCGUACUUAUACCGUUGACACAGAUCUCCAAAUUAAAAUACCUAGUGCCAUUCUCAGCGCUAGCCAACGUCGUCUGGUUGGUGUCUAUAUCGAUCUCAUUAUACUACUGCUUGAAAGAUCAGCCAGCGAUAUCUGAAAGGAAUCUUGCCGCUUCUAUCACCGGGCUUCCUACUUUUAUAAGUACAUGUCUCUUCGCCAUGGAAGGCAUAGGUGUGGUGAUGCCUAUUGAGAACGAGAUGACCAAACCUCAUCGUUUUCUAGGCUACUCAGGAGUCUUGAACAUAGCCAUGGCUAUUGUAGCCAUAAUGUAUGGCUUCGUGGGUUUCUGUGGUUACUUGAAGUUUGGGGAGACCGUCAGAGGCAGCCUUACCCUCAAUUUACCUCAGGAUGAAGUGCUUGCACAAGCAGCUAAGCUCAUGGUAGCAUGCGUGAUGUUACUGUCAUUCGCUCUGAUAUACUACGUGCCAGUGGAUGUCAUCUGGAGGAAGUUAUACCACCGUAUCCCAUCGAGUAAUCAUACUUGGUCCAUCGCUGGGCUCAGACUGGUGGGAACGAUAGUGUUAGUGGGUAUAGCCUGCGCUAUCCCAAGACUGGAACUCUUCUUGGAGUUGGUUGGAGCUAUCUGUCUUUCCAUUAUGGGGCUGCUCCUUCCAGUGGUCGUUGAAACCGUGUACAGGUGGAAUAAGGAUAUAAGCCUCUGCUCCUUCACGGUGCUCAAGAAUAUCCUUAUAGGAGUAUUUUCCAUCGUAGCUAUGGUGUCAGGCGUGACGUUUGCCAUUAUUGGGAUUAUAGAAAAUCUGUGA